AUGUCCUCUCUCAAGAACCGCAUCUCGGCGCCACUAGAGGCGGGCACGUCGAUUCUCGACGCCCAAACUCUCCCAUCCCACGUGAACUCGGCCUUGGAUUACGUCUCGAGCCGCCUCGCCCGCAAGGGCCUACACAUCCCGCUAGUCGUCGUCAAGAGGGAAUGCGAGCUUCCCAGAGACGAAACCCGCGCGUCGACGCAGAUGCCGGCAGAGCUAGCCGCACCGCUUGCAGCACCUUCCAGGAUGAUGCCCGAUGUCCCACCUUCGCGUGCGGCAACCACCGGCUCGUCGCGCAAGUCGGCCUUCAAGCUCAAGCAGCUGAGGGCGCGAUCAAACACGCAGCCGCUGCUGGCCUCACAGAGGAGCCCCGCCGCAGUGGUGCCCGACAUGCAGAGGAGAGCCUCGGCGGAUAGCCCCGGUAUCAACCUCGCCACGAGGCAGCCGUUCCGGCCGCUUCCCCUCGAGAGCCCCGGUCUGAUCCCCAGCAUGCCGUCCACCCCCUCGGCCACAUCGACCACCAGCAGUGCCGCCUCGGGGAGCACGCAGGCGCCCAACGAAUACGGCAUCUACCUGGUGCGGGCGGCGGCGCUGGACAGCAGGGCGGAGCGGACGCUGCGCGAGACCAUCGACAAGGCCGAGCGCCGGUUCGGCAUCGGCACCGACUGGCUGCACUUCCCCAUGGAGCCGGCCGAGGUCCGGGCGACCGAGGAGCUCAUGAGGCGGUCGCUUAGGCAGCGCGAGGUCAUGUACUCGGCCGAGGGCCUGACCCUGGUCUCGCUUGACCGGCUGUACACCUUCAAGAAGGCGCUGGCGGCCUACUCGCGGACCGACGACCCCAUGCGACUCGAGGACGCCGUCGACGAGCUGAGGAGGUACGUCCUCGCCAACGGCAGGCAGCCGCUGCAGCGCGUCGAUCUCAUCUCGGCCUAUGCACACGUCUCCUUUGCCGAGACGAGCCUGCGCGACGUCGCCCGCAUGUACCGUCGCGCCUACGGUGGUUCCGCCGGCGAGUCGGGCAUCGUGUGCAGCGGCAUGAUCAACUACGUCGACAGCAGCGACGGCACCAUGUCUCUGCCGAUGGCGCUUGCCUCCAACAACAACAACAACAACAACAACAACAACCAAAAUAACAAAAAGAGGAACACAAAUUUCAGGGUCGGGAACAGCACGUGCGGCGUCUGCGACCAAGGGCACUUCCUGGUCGCCGUUCCGGAUGAUGAAGUUUCACCUCUCACCCCAACGGUCAGGACGGAGGGUCCCCUCGCCAAGGUCGGAGUAGCCGAGCCUGCGAGGCCCCAGAUCGCAGAGCUGGAGGCGCCGAUGGAUGCGUCGCUGCUGGCGGGAUUCCAGUUCACCACGCCCCAUACGCCUCCAGCUCCCAGGCAGAAGCAGCCGCCCAAGGUCCCGUUGUUGAGGCUGCAGACAUCCUUUGACGACGGGCCCGUCAAGAAGCCCGUCAUAGACCUCGAGUCGCAAAAGUCGCCCGAGGAGGUGGCCAUCGGCAUCGCAAUGACCUGCGACGAGGCCAUCUACAGCGACAGCGAGUCCGACUCGGACGGCUGCGAGCUGGGAGACUCCGUCAUGACCUUUUACAUCGACGAGGGCGACCUCCCCACCGCCAGGCCCACCGAGCACCCUCCGCAACUGCCGCCAUGGAAAAUGACCCCGGCGUUCUCCAUCGACGAGAUCCUCAACAAGAGACUGAGCUACUUUGCCCCAGCAUCCCCGGCCGACAACAACAACCACCUCGGCCCGCCCACUCCAAGAGGGUACGACGAUGUGUCACCCAUCACCAGGAACGAGUGGGAAUUUCUUCGUGCGACUGAUGCCUGGAAGACCAGGACUGCGGCGGUAGAGACUUGUUAG